AUGCAUUCAUUCGCCACCAUUGCACAGGCACUCUUGCUUGUCCCAGGCGGUGACGCUAGGGGCCAACUCAUCGUGAACCCAAAGAAUACAGUCAAUUGCAAGGACACCACCACGCGCAGCAAUGGACCGAGCAAUGGACCGACAUCACGCAUAGGAAUUGCCAGUGCUCAACCAGAGCCGGAAGACCCUGCAUGCAAGUGCAAAUUUGUAUCUUCAGGCUUGAUUGAGCAGGUUGAAGAUUUUCAUCCAAAGGAAUUAAGCGAUUGUAUUGUCCUGCUCCGGAACGUACAAAAGGGGACUGAGGAACAACGACGACAGAAAUUUUGCUCUAAUCAUACUAUUGUACUUGCACGAAAGCUAAGUCUCCAGACUGAAGCGGUGGGAAUCAAUCACAUCACCACGAGAAUUGGACAACUGGCUGGGAAGCAUGAGACCUUGACACAGUGCGUCAAGAAUAAUGCUAAGUGGUUUAGGCACGAUUUUGACCACCCAGUGGUGAUCUGCCUACAGUCCAGAAAAUCCAGGAGCCCCCAUAUUGCCCCCCAAGCCGUCUACGGCUACAAGAGACCAGCUAAAGAAAGAAACGAGCCCACUGACGCAGAAUCUCCAGAUAUUACAGGUCUAGCAUUACUCACAGGCGCUCUGAGAAAGCGUAUGACAUGGAAGACGAAAGAAAUACGGGAUGGCCUCAACAAAACUUUUGGCACAGACAAAUACAUUCGCCGACGGUUUACUAGCUAA